GGCAACUGGCGGAGUGGCUACUUGCCAGAACUCGCUUGCAAGGGUGGUGCCCCUAAAGCUUGCAAGGGUGGUGCCCCUAAACAGCCGCGGCGAGACUCCUGACCCACCGCCUCAAUGACGACGCCUCCGGCUCCUCUUCCACCUCAGGCUGCCUGGUCGAACUCCAUCCAUGGCCUCUCCCAAAUAACCAGCAGCCUAUACAUCAGUAAUGGUGCGGUUGCCAACAACAAACUUAUGCUGUGUAGCAACUACAUCACCACAGUUAUCAAUGUCUCAGUGGAAGUGAAGAACACCUUCUACGAAGACAUUCAGUAUGUACACGUGCCGGUCACCGAUCUACCCACCUCGAGUCUCUAUGAGUUUUUUGACCCUAUUGCUGAUUACAUCCACAGCGUAGAAACGAAGCAAGGCCGCACACUGCUGCACUGCGUGGCGGGAAUCAGCCGCUCAGCCGCCCUCUGCCUUGCUUACCUCAUGAAAUACCACUCCAUGUCCCUGCUGGAUGCCCACACCUGGACCAAGUUGUGCCGCCCCAUCAUCCGGCCCAACAGCGGUUUUUGGGAACAACUCAUCCAUUACGAAUUCAAGCUAUUUAGUAAGAACACCGUACACAUGAUCAACUCACCGAUCGGUAUGAUUCCUGAUAUCUACGAGAAAGAGGUCUGUUUGAUGAUGCUGAUGUGAACCGUCCCAGGCAAGCCCCUGACAUUUCUCAUUGUCCAUCCUACUCCGAAACUGAAUGUGAACAUUGGCUUUCUGUUGGUAGAAAAUUGACAACCACAGUAGAUGGCGAGAAAAUAGGGAGAGGGGCUGGAGUUUGAAUGCAGUAAGCCUGACCUUUUAAAAAUAAAGUU